AUGUUCAAAAAAACGAGUAAAUUUUGCAUAGCACUGAGUAUCAGUGCUUGUGCUUGUGCAACUGUCACCGGCCCCAAACCACUUGUCGCCUCUGCCGGUGAUAUUGCUGUUAUCCCGGGAUGGUACCUCCAAUCGUCGACCAAAGUAUCAGGUGGGAUGGAUAUACUCUCAAGACCAGGAAAGGAUGUCUCAUCGUGGCAUCGGGUUGGUGCUCGUGGCACUGUCAUGGCAGGGCUUAUUGAGAACGGGGUAUACAGCGAGACAGAUUUGUUCUACUCGGACAACAUGGAAUCUGUCGCUGAUCCCUCCACAUUCGAUUUACCAUGGAUUUAUCGUGAAGAAUUUAUACUGAAGCCAUCUACCGCCCAAUAUUAUACCCUCAAGACACACGGAAUCACAUCCAAGGCAGACAUCUAUCUGAAUGGAGUGCUAAUUGCAUCAAGUGACCAGCAGCAAGGCACCUAUGGCGGCCACCAGUACAACUUGACCGAGUAUGUUGAGGAUGGAGCCAAUUGUCUUCUCAUUCGCGUGUACCCAACCAACUAUCUUCACGACUUUGCCCAGGGAUUUGUGGACUGGAAUCCCUACCCAGCUGACAACGGCACCGGCAUUUGGCGAAAUGUGGAAGUUUCUCAGACUGGGGCGGUCUCGAUGUCACAGUUCCGCGUCCUCACCAAUUUUACGGGCUCCAACUCUGGGUCGGUGAGGGUCACCCUUAGAAGUGAUUUGACCAACCACGAAUCGAGUGAUCAUCGGGUACUGAUCAAAGGCACCAUCAAAGGGCCAGAUGGCUCUGCAGCUGGGCAAAUUAGUGAGAUGUUUGACUUGAAGCCAGACGAAAAGAAGACGGUGUCUAUAAGCGUGUCAAUUCUAAACCCUGACAUUUGGUGGCCUGCCCUUUGGGGUAAGCAGCCUUUGUACACAGUACAGGCCACUGCAACUAUCCAAAAGCCGCAGACGGUUGUGUCAGAUAUUUCAAUUCCCCAACAAUUUGGGAUUCGCCAUGUAUCAUCGAAGGUGAACAACCACAAUGAUACCGAAUUUUCCGUCAAUGCCGAGCCUUUCCAGGUGAUUGGAGCUGGAUAUGGACCGGACAUCUUUUUGAGAUUUAAGAUUGACAGAGUACAGAAGAUUUUUACCUAUAUGCUAGACAUGGGACUCAACACUGUGCGCUUGGAGGGAAAACAGGAGCACCCAGAGCUCUAUGAUCUCGCAGAUAAAAUGGGGAUGAUGGUUCUGGCGGGUUGGGAAUGUUGUGAUAAAUGGGAAGGAUGGACAUACAAUGACGAAGCCGACGGUAUCAAAUGGGGGAAAGCAGACUACCCAGUUGCGAAGGCAGCGAUGCUGCACGAGGCAGAGAUGAUGCAAAGCCAUCCUUCGUUGCUUGGAUUUUUGGUGGGCUCGGAUUUCUGGCCAAAUGAGCAGGCCACCGAGAUCUAUCUAGACGCCCUUAACGUGAUGGAUUGGCCCAACCCAAUCAUUGCAUCGGCCAGCAAGCGGGGUUACCCCGAAGCUCUUGGACCAUCCGGAAUGAAGAUGGACGGUCCGUACGAUUGGGUACCCCCGAACUACUGGUAUCACGACAAAAAAGGAGCGGCGUUCGGCUUUGGAUCUGAAUUAGGUGCCGGAGUCGGAACCCCAGAGAUGGGAAGCCUGAAAAAGUUCUUGUCUGAUGUCGAGCUGGAAACACUCUGGAAAGAACCAAAUGCAGAGCAAUAUCAUAUGUCUCGCUAUGAUUCGCAAUUUUACGACCGGAAGAUCUACAAUAAGGCUCUAUUUUCUCGAUAUGGAAAGCCAUCUAGCCUUGAAGACUACCUCAUCAAAAGCCAGAUGGCAGAUUAUGAGGCCACCCGAGUGCAGUUUGAAGCUUACGGAGCCCGGCAAAAUGCCACAAGGCCUGCCACGGGACUCAUUUAUUGGAUGUUAAACAGUGCCUGGCCAAAUCUGCAUUGGCAGUUAUUUGAUUACUAUCUUAGCCCUAUGGCAGCUUACUUCGGCACCAAGGUUGGAGCGCGUGCAGAACACGUGGCUUAUGAUUACGAGAGCCAUAACAUUUGGUUGAUUAACCACUCGCUUGGCAAUUACGGAAGUAGGCAAGUCAAGGUAGACUUAAUUGAUGCACAUGGCAAAGAAAUCUUCGUGGCCACAGUGGAGAGCAAUACGAUGCCUCACUCCUCAAAGUUGGUGGUUAUGCUUGCUGAAAUUAAGAAAAUCAAAGACGUUGGCUUCCUCCGUCUCACGCUCAGCGAUUGCAAAUCUCAAGCUAUCAUUAGUCGCAAUGUUUACUGGCUCUCUGCUACUCCAGAUGUCUUGAACUGGUCAAAGUCUAAUUGGUACACUACACCAGUUAGCAAUCAUGCAAGAUACACCAAGCUGGAGGCACUGAAACUGGCUACUUUGAAGGCUUCGCUAAACAGCGUGGCGUCGCCAACAGACGAUGGGUUGACCCAUGCUAAGGUCGUACUUGAAAAUCAAUCUGCAGGACCGGCAGUUUUCAUUCGCCUGAAAGCUAUCAAUGCAACCGAAAACGCGGAAAUUGCACCGCUUUAUUGGUCUGACAACUAUGUAACUCUGUGGCCGAAAGAACAGCUUCGGCUGGAUGUUGCCUUUGAAGGAGACAUCCAGGAUACUCUGAUCGAAAUCACAGGGAGAAAUGUGGAUAAAGUGAUCGUCAAGGCUUAA